CCUUCCUUUCUCUCUCUCUCAAAAUCUUUAUUCUCUCUCUAGAUUUUCACUGAAUUCACUGUGUGGAAGAAGCCGAACCCUAAAUUCUUAGCUUCAAUUCUCAAUGGACCGUGCCGAGCUCACUACUGACCAGGUUCUGAAGAGGGACAUCCCAUGGGAGACGUACAUGACUACGAAGCUAAUAACUGGAACAUGUCUUCAGCUGUUGAGGCGUUACGAUAACAGAUCUGAGAGUCAAAGAGCUGUAUUGCUUGAUGAUGAUGGUCCUGCUUAUGUUAGGGUGUUUGUGAGCAUUUUACGUGAUAUAUUCAAGGAAGAAACGGUUGAAUAUGUGCUGGCACUGAUUGAUGAAAUGCUAACUGCAAAUCCAAAAAGAGCCAAACUAUUCCAUGAUAAGUCUCUUGCUAAUGAAGAUACUUAUGAACCUUUCUUAAGAUUGCUUUGGAAAGGUAAUUGGUUCGUACAAGAGAAGAGCUGUAAGAUACUGGCUCUGAUAGUGAGUGCGAGGCCCAAAACCCAGGAUGGUGUUCUUUCUAAUGGGGAAUCCUCAAACUCAAAGAAGAAAUUCGUUACUAUUGACGAUGUGUUGAGAGGAUUGGUGGAAUGGCUUUGUGCACAGCUAAAGAAGCCUUCACAUCCUACCCGUGGCAUUGCCAUUGCUAUCAGUUGCCUUGCAACAUUACUGAAGGAACCCUUGGUCAGAUCUUCCUUUGUUCAAGCAGAUGGGGUGAAGUUGCUUAUCCCUUUAAUUUCUCCAGCAUCCACUCAGCAAUCUAUCCAGCUACUUUAUGAAACUUGUCUUUGUGUUUGGCUCUUAUCUUAUUAUGAACCUGCAAUUGAGUACUUGGCUACUUCUAGAACCCUACCACGACUAGUAGAGGUUGUUAAGAGUUCAACAAAAGAAAAGGUUGUCAGGGUUGUUGUCUUGACCCUUAAGAACUUGCUUUCAAAGGGGGCGUUUGGUGCUCAGAUGGUAGACCUUGGACUGCUGCAAAUUGUUCAGAGUCUGAAAGCACAGGCAUGGAGUGAUGAGGACCUGUUGGAGGCUCUGAAUCAACUAGAUGAAGGGCUGAAAGCUAACAUUAAGAAAUUGAGCUCAUUUGAUAAGUACAAACAAGAAGUCCUCCUUGGCCAUCUUGACUGGACCCCUGUUCACAAAGAUCCCAUGUUCUGGCGUGAUAACAUUAGUAACUUUGAAGAGAAUGAUUUCCAGAUUCUUAGGGUCCUCAUUACAAUUUUGGACACGUCCAGUGACCCAAGGGCGCUGGCUGUAGCGUGCUUUGAUCUGUCACAGUUCAUUCAGUACCAUCCAGCAGGGAGGGUCAUUGUAAACGAUCUCAAGGCGAAGGAGCGGGUGAUGAAACUGAUGAACCACGAGAAUGCAGAGGUUACCAAAAACUCCCUCCUCUGUAUCCAAAGGCUCUUCCUAGGUGCCAAGUACGCGAGCUUUUUGCAGGCUUAAUCAUAUAAGUAAAUUAAAUUAAAUUCUUGGGGUAUAUCCUUCUCCAGAAAUUACUUUUUUAUGUAAUUUUAUCAAAGAAAUGAUGCAGAAGUCAAGCUGCUUAGUAUUUUAGGUGGUUUCGGUUAUGUUGUUAUCUGAGUAAUUCAUCAUCAUCAUCAUCGUCCAUCGGGUGAUCCGAUUUUACCUGAACUGGUGACAGAUUUGUUUGUUUCAUUUUCUUGGGAAGUAUUUUCCUUUUCUUUUUCUUUUGAACUGAAUGGAGGAAUAAAAUCUCGGGUUGUAUUUUACGUUGUUUUUA